AGUUGUCAGUUCAAUUCAGCUCGGUCUAUAUCGUAUCGGUUGGCAAAAAAAGUGCUUGUUUUUAAAUAUAGCGCCUAAUUUUGGUAUUUUACUACUAGUGGUUUAAAGUUAUAUACCUUACAUAAAGGAAUAUAUAAAAUGUUAAAAGCUGUUAUAUUAAUAGGAGGACCUCAAAAAGGUACCAGGUUUCGUCCACUAUCAUUGGAUACACCAAAACCGCUGUUCCCAAUAGCUGGUCUGCCAUUGAUACAGCAUCAUAUAGCAGCAUGUGCUCAGCUAGAAGAAUGCAAGGAGAUUUUAAUUAUUGGCUCCUACACUACAACUCAUAUGAUGCAAUUUGUUACUGAUAUGCAAAAGGAAUAUCAUGUUAUUAUUAGAUAUUUACAAGAGUUUACAGCAUUGGGUACUGGGGGAGGUCUCUAUCACUUCAGAGAUCAAGUGCGGGCAGGCAACCCGAGUGCAUUCUUCUUACUAAAUGGUGAUGUUUGUGCCGACUUUCCCCUGAAGGAAUUAUGGACCUUCCAUGAAGAGCGGCAGAAUGCUUUGGUAACAAUAAUGGGUACGGAAGCAACCCGUCAACAAUCAAUUCACUAUGGUUGUAUGGUGCGUGAGGCGUCAACGAAAGCUGUAACACAUUAUGUAGAGAAACCAAAUACAUAUGUAUCGACACUAAUCAACUGCGGUGUGUAUGUAUGUUCAUUGCAAGUUUUCCAUACAAUGGCUGAAGCGUUACAGAAGAAACAAGAUGGAUAUUACAGUAUUUGUUAUAGUGCGAGUGGACAAAAUGGUUCUCAUCCUGGUUAUAUGUCAUGGGAACAAGAUGUGUUAGCAUUGCUCGCGGGGACAAAUAAACUAUUUGCUAUGCAGGUUAAUAACUGGUGGUCUCAAGUGAAGACCGCCGGCUCUACGAUAUACGCUAACAGACAUUACCUAGAGUUAAAUAAACAAAAGCAGACAGACCCUCCCUGCCAGAUAUUGCCCGAUGUCUUCUUACAUCCUUCUGCCGUGGUAGACAGCACCGCUGUGAUAGGACCGAACGUGUCAAUAGGCGCGGGUGUGACUGUGAAGGCGGGAGUUAGGGUCAAAGAAUCUAUUAUUCUCAAUAAUGCGACUAUAAACGAACACGCCCUAGUCAUGUAUUCUAUAGUUGGUCAAGAUGCCUCAGUAGGGGAGUGGUCACGUUUGGAAGGAACCCCUUCAGAUCCCGACCCUAACAAACCCUUCGCCAAAAUGGACAACCGGCCCUUAUUCAAUACAGACGGACGACUCAAUCCUUCAAUUACUAUAUUAGGUGCGGGCGUGGUGGUCCCCGGUGAGACGAUACUUCUAAACUCUAUAGUGUUACCGCACAAACUUCUCACUAGAAGCUUCAAACACGAAAUUAUUUUAUAAUAAUUAUUAUUAUUUAUGUCCACAACACAAUAUUUUAAUAACCCAUAUAUGCCUCCAGUUUUUGAGUCGGUGGCACUAAAUGUGUUAAAAGAUUUAUAUUGGCGACUAAAUAAAUAGAAAGGAAAGGAAGAAAGUUUCUCCUAUCCCUUUCCUAUGACUCCUAUCUCUAUAGAAUUUCUCUAUAGCUUUGGUUGAAUUUAAUUUUUUUUUUUCAUACAUAUUCCUAUGUAAUUUUAUCCAUUCUAGACGUCCUUUUUCUAAUCUAGAAUGUUCUUGUAUCCCAUUUUAAUGUUUUCAUAAAGCAAUCUUAAGUUUAUGACUAUUAAAAGCUGCCAGAAAAGCUUCCUUAGUAAGAUCCGGCUCGAAGGACCACUUGUUUGAUUCUAAUAUUCUCUAUAUAUGAUGUAUUUAGGAGAAAAUAAAUUUUGUUAACUUGUAUUUGUAAGAAAAAGGAAUUCAAAAAUGUAGAAAUUGCAAAAAAGAAAAGGUAUUUUGAAAGUCUGACAUAAAAGCUGCGAGCGGCACGCACUAGCUUCGUUUUAUUACUGUAAAAUUUAAUUUAAGCACAAAUAAUUUUAUACAAUCGUUUUAGUUGGAACUUACCUUUAUUUGAUUGGUUUUUCUGAGAUAUUUUAAAAUUAGUAUGUUUUUUAGUAUCUGGUCUCAAAUUAUUAUAGGCCAAUUACCAUCCCUUAUCUAGUGGAAUUUAAAAAAAUGUGUUUUCUAACUAGCCUUGCGAUACGAUCUAUUUAGCAAAACUAUGAUCAGGCAUAUUUAAAAAUGAUAUAUUCCAAUGUUAUUCAAAAUGACACUUUCAAAAACUAGAAAUAAAUCAACGAUAUUUUUAAUACCAUAUAUGAAAACUGGUUGUGAGGGUUACGUCUAUUAUGAACAUACUUAUGUACAAAAAUCAUACUAAUAUUAUAAAUACGAAAGUUUAGAUGUAUGGAUGUUGGAUGUAGCCUAAACGGCUUAACGGAU